UGGGGAGGAAUGAGUGGAAAUGGCUAAGCGACGGGCUGGAAGGAUGGGGACCCCCCACUGAGCAUAACCAGAUUCCUAGAGGUCUGGGAGACUGGAUGGUAGGGGCUUGGGGACAAUUAGAGACAGCUGGCCACCGGGCAAUGGUGGGAGUCUGCAUUCAACGAACUGCUGCUUCAUUCCAGCGGCCUGGAGUUCCCUCACAGAGCCUCCCUCCCCUGUAUGCAGUCACCACCCAACGUCUUUCCUCUUAGAGGUGGAAGAGUUCCUGCUGACCCAAAGGGGGGAAAAAGGGUUUCAUCUGGGCAUCACGACGGAGGUCAGCGUGUAGUGGCGAGAGCCUGACCCCGAGAUCCCAGCAGAGAGCAAGGAAUUCAGACAGGACAUCAGAGCAGAAGUGAAUGCUGGGGGGGGGGGGUUGGGGGGCAGCUCCCACUUUCUUGGCAGAGCCCCAGACUGAAGUAACCUUAAAAAAGCAAUUAAAUCACCUUUUUAAAAAACCCAGUAAAGAAAAAUCGAUAUUGGGAGAAAAGGGAAGAAAGAAAAAGGAAAGGAGCUGCUGGUUCCGCGGCUUGGAUCGAUGGAGCCGCCUCCCCCUCCCCUCUGAGCUUCCUCUCCCUGCCGCUCAUUAGCGCCCCGAUUAAUCAGCCCCCCAUCCUUCCAGGACAAGUGCUUCCUCUUCCCCGUGGGGACUCACACUUUUACACGACCCCCCAGGGGGCACAAGUGGACCAUUCUUGCUACCCCCAGCGGGAGGUACCAACUUGCCCCCUCCUGGUAAGCCAAGAGGGGCUUCCACCUCCUCUUGUGAUGGUAGCCCAUGUGCCUGACUCCUCCUGGAGACAGCAGCCUGCAGGCUCCCCUGCCUGGCUCUGCCAGGGACAGGACAUCCCGGGUACUGAUUUCCUUAGGAUAGCAUUUCCACUGAAGCCUCUCCUGGGCUCUUCAUUUCCUUCUCCCCUGCCUCUGAGCUCUUUGCUCCCUGGCCUGUCUCAUCCUGCGCCCCCUCCUUUUCACCAAGCCUGGUCAUAGCAAGGGAUUUGGAGACCACAGGACUAGAAAAGUGGUUAUAGAUGAGCAAGUCAGCCAGGUUGGCCUCUGCUUCAGUCACAAGAAUGACUGGCACUGGCAUUAGGGGGUAAAGUCAGAGAAAGGGAGCCAGUGUCCCUCCAGGAGGGGGUAGGACUGUGGUGGAUUUUGAAAUCAGCAGCAAGGCUCUAGGGAAGAGCAGUCUGAGUGAUCCACAGUUGUCUCUUAGCCUGUCUUGCCUGCCCUCCCCUUCCUUCCUUCCCUCAUUCAAACAAGUGGCUCUCUCAAGGAGUUUCUGGAAGCUGCUGUGAGUGGGGCAGUUGAAGGCUGGAGAAAGCCAGGAGGUGGGGUUGGUUGACCCUUGGUGGGGUGUGGUCCAGGAAAAGUGACAAGAAACGGGCAGGGCACUCAGCAUAGAUAGCAUCAUUCCCUGGCUGGCCUGAGACUGGGCUGUCUGGAACCCCCACAAUUGACAAGGGACACACGCAGGGGCUGACAGCUGUGCGGGUGCUGAUAAGGGAAGCCACAAGGAGACGAUCGAGGAGAGAGACAAGCGAGCGGCAGCAGAAGCAGCAGCGGCAGAGGCAGCGCCGGGGCUGCGGAGCUGCUGGGAGUGGGAGUGACGCCCCCACCUCGGGCCCCCACCCUGUCCCCAUCCUCCUCCUGACUGCCCUGAGUUUAGAAGAGCAGCCGCUGCCACCACCGCCACUCCGGAGGGCACCAGGGCUGCUGUCCAGGGAGGGACAGUAGCAGUGAGGCUCUGGCCAGUCCCAGCAGCAGGGGACAGAUGCCGAUCGAGAUUGUGUGCAAAAUCAAAUUUGCUGAGGAGGAUGCAAAACCCAAGGAGAAGGAGGCAGGGGAUGAGCAGAGCCUCCUGGGGGCUGCUCAGGGGCCAGCAGCCCCUCGGGACCUGGCUACCUUUGCCAGCACCAGCACUCUGCAUGGGCUGGGCCGGGCCUGUGGCCCAGGCCCCCAUGGACUACGCAGAACCCUGUGGGCACUGGCCCUACUCACCUCACUGGCUGCCUUCCUGUACCAGGCAGCGAGCCUGGCCAGGGGCUACCUGACCCGGCCUCACCUGGUAGCUGUGGACCCUGCUGCCCCAGCCCCAGUGGCGGGCUUCCCGGCUGUCACCCUCUGCAACAUCAACCGCUUCCGGCAUUCGGCACUCAGCGACGCUGAUAUCUUCCACCUGGCCAACCUGACAGGGUUGCCCCCCAAAGACCGGGACGGGCACCGUGCAGCUGGCCUCCGCUACCCAGAGCCUGACAUGGUGGACAUCCUCAACCGCACUGGCCACCAGCUUGCUGACAUGCUCAAGAGCUGCAACUUCAGUGGGCACCAUUGCUCCGCCAGCAACUUCUCUGUGGUUUACACUCGCUAUGGGAAGUGCUACACCUUCAAUGCAGAUCCUCAGAGUUCACUGCCCAGUAGGGCUGGUGGCAUGGGUAGUGGCCUGGAGAUCAUGUUAGACAUCCAGCAGGAGGAAUACCUACCCAUAUGGAGAGAGACAAAUGAGACGUCAUUCGAGGCAGGCAUCCGGGUGCAGAUCCACAGCCAGGAGGAGCCUCCCUACAUCCACCAGCUGGGGUUCGGUGUGUCCCCAGGCUUCCAGACUUUUGUGUCCUGCCAGGAACAGCGGCUAACUUAUCUGCCCCAGCCUUGGGGCAACUGCCGGGCGGAAAGCGAGCUCAGGGAGCCUGAGCUUCAGGGCUACUCAGCCUAUAGUGUGUCUGCCUGCCGACUGCGCUGUGAAAAGGAGGCCGUGCUUCAGCGCUGCCACUGCCGGAUGGUGCACAUGCCAGGCAAUGAGACCAUCUGCCCACCAAAUAUCUACAUCGAAUGUGCGGACCAGACUCUGGACUCCCUGGGUGGGGGCUCUGAGGGUCCAUGCUUCUGCCCUACACCCUGUAACCUGACUCGCUACGGCAAAGAGAUCUCCAUGGUCAAGAUCCCCAACAGGGGCUCAGCCAGGUACCUGGCAAGGAAGUACAACCGCAAUGAGACCUACAUUCGGGAGAACUUCUUGGUCCUGGAUGUCUUUUUCGAGGCCCUAACUUCUGAAGCUAUGGAACAGCGAGCAGCCUAUGGCCUGUCGGCCCUGUUGGGGGACCUUGGGGGACAGAUGGGCCUGUUCAUCGGGGCCAGCAUCCUCACCUUGCUGGAGAUCCUUGAUUACAUCUAUGAGGUCUCCUGGGAUCGAAUCAAGAGAGUGUGGCGACGGCCCAAGACCCCACUUCGGACAUCCACUGGAGGCAUCUCCACUUUGGGGUUGCAGGAGCUUAAGGAACAGAGUCCCUGUCCGAGCCGGGGCCAUGCUGAGGGUGGGGGGGCUAGCAGCCUGCUUCCCAACCAUCACCACCCCCACGGUCCUCCAGGAAGCCUCUUUGAAGACUUUGCUUGCUAGGACGGUGCUGUGUGGGGAUGUACCCAUGAAUCUGGGACUCUACCCAGACCCCACACAUCUCCAGCUCCUGGGACAGAAGACCUGGGGCAGCCCAGGGCUAAGGGAAGGGGUGGUGCUCACUGAGAGGCCAGGACUGGGGUCCUGCUCUCCCCGACCCAGGCUCAGCUGCCUUGCACCCACACUCCCUGCUCCCGGGUGGGUGUCCAGGAAGGGCUGGAGACCAUACUAGAGGCCCCUGAGGAGGGGAGAGAGGAGAGGGGAAGAGGGUGAAACCCUGGCCAAGCCCCUCUGUACAUUUGUAUAUAUUUAGGGACUGGGUGGGGGUGGGACACAGACACAGAAGGGUGGGGCUGCAGGGGAGGGUGACACAAGAUAGUCAGGGUCCCAGUCCUAAUGGCAGACUCCUUUGGGACCCAGGCAUGUUGGGCUGGUUCUACUUCCCUCUCUCCAGGCCCAGCUCCCUCUUGGCAGGGGGAGUGGGUGGCCCAGCAGGCCUGGCCCAGCUCCCAGUUCCCCCUGCACCAGCCCCACCACAAGUUCCCUCCAAGGGGAGUGGGCGGAAGACCUUUCAGCCCUUGGCUGAGCUUAGGGGGCGGGGGAGCAGCCUUCUCAGGCCUUGCUCCCUACGGACUGGUUUUAUAAAGUGCUGGCAAAACUGGGAAUAAAGAGGCACAAAAAAUUCUG